UUUGUGUUGAAGCCGAACCAAUGCGAGCAUUUCCAAUAGACAUUUUAAGGAAACUGUAAAGAUAAUUAGCAUACUUCCAGAAAUAUAACACUGUCAAUGUAAAGCAGUGUUUUGAAAAAUAUAAAAUAAAACAAAUAGCCUACACUGACAGGGCGGAGACAAACGGAUGGGAUUCUCAGUAGUGUAGCUGGCUAGAUGGAUGGAGAGACCGAGAGGGUGGAAGAGUGUCGGUGUUGUAAAUAAUUAAAUAUCCAUCUACUGUUAUAGAAAGCAAGAUGCAUCUACAUCAAGUGUUGACUGGAGCGGUUAAUCCUGGCGAUAGCUGUUAUUCCGUGGGAAGCGUCAAUGACAUUCCUUUUACGGCCUAUGGAUCAGGCUGCGAUAUUGUUGUUCUGGCGAGCGACUUCGAAUGCGUUCAGAUCAUCCCUGGCGCCCACCACGGCAACAUCCAAGUGGGAUGCGUGGAGUGUUCCCAUCAGCUAGGAAGGAUCGCGGCGUCCUACGGGAAUGCUGUGUGCAUUUUUGAGCCAAUCGCUACCAACCCAAAUAAACGACAUGAUCAACUUAAUUAUCAGUGGCAAAAGACAGGACAGUUCUUCCUCAAUGCCAUGGCCUACAAUUUGGCAUGGGAUCCACAAGGUAAGCGGACCCUCACAGCUACGGAGCACCUGCAGCUGUGGGCCCCGCCCUCUAGCGACACACUCGUGGAGGAGGAGGACAGUCAAAUGGCGGAUGAUAAAUUACACCCGGUCUUAAACGAUUGGACAUGCGUUUGGCAGAGCAAGACUGCCGUGUCUGUCCAUAUAAUGGAGUGGUCGCCUGACGGGGAAUAUUUUGCCACGGCAGGGAAGGAUGACUGCCUCUUGAAGGUGUGGUAUCCCACCACAGGCUGGAAGUCCGCCGUGGUCAUCCCGGACCUUCCCGACAAGAAGGCUCCUCCGGUCCACUUCUCCUUCGUGUACCUGGCACAUCCCCGAGCUGUCACUGGAUUCUCCUGGAGGAAGACCAGCAAGUACAUGCCCAAGGGCUCGGUGUGCAACGUGCUGCUGACCUCGUGUCAGGACGGGGUCUGCCGGCUGUGGUCAGAGACGCUGCUCCCUGAGGACAGCCUCCUGGGGGGGCAGAUCUCGGAGAACGCCACCAGCUUCUGCAGCAGCCUGCCCAACCUGGGGGGGCAGAAGGAUAAGAUCCAGCACGCUCUGGAGUCGAUCCACCACCUGAAGCACCUGCGGAGGGGUCGGAGGAGGUCCUCAGCCCUAGUGGCUCACACAGAGCUGCUCCCCAGCCAGCUGGGCUCACAGGAAGUCCAACGACACAUCUCCCACCACGCCAACGCGCUCUGCCACUUCCACAUCUCCGCCAGCAUCAACCCCAGCACAGAUAUUCCCUCUGCGCUGGCUGGGGCAGCGUUCUCGGCGGAUGAAGCUAGCGGGGGGUUUGUAGUUCACUGGCUCAACAACAAGGACCUGAGCUUCACCACCUCCAUGGACCUGUUCAUGCAGCAGCUGCGCAAGAUCUCUGAGCAGCACCUGGAGCACGGCCCCGAGGAACUCGACCAGGAAGGGUCCCCCAUGAAGUUUGACUUUGAUCUGGAUGAGAUGUCGGACAGGGGGUCAUCUGAGCAUGAGGAGGGGGAGCAGGAGGGGAGCACCAAGGCCUCCUCCCCCGGCUCCAGUAGCAGUGUCCCUCUGCCCUCCAUGAUGCUGGACCGCAAGAUGGAGGCCCUCACUCUGGAGUGGAACAAGAGCCCCGAUAUGCUGUUCACCAUUCACCCUGCCGAUGGGUCCUUUCUGGUGUGGCAUGUCAAGUACCUUGAUGAAUUCAUCCCGGGGAUCUUCCGACAGGUCCAGGUAUCCUUUUCCUCCCAGAUUCCAGUUGCGUUCCCAACCGGAGAUGCCAACUCCCUGAGCAAGAACAUCAUGAUGUACGCCCACACGUUGGUCGAAUGCGAGUCCGGUGGUGGUGCCCAGGACCAGAAGAGCAAAGCCCGGUGUGUUCCCCAGAGCGCCUCGGCCUCCGUGGGCCUGGGCUCCAGUGGCGUCACCCAAUCGCUGGCCACCAUCAUCGGCCCGGCCGUCAUGAUGGUGUCCAAGCACAUUGAUGGCUCCCUCAACCAAUGGGCAGUCACCUUCGCAGAGAAGUCAGCCUUCUCCUCCGUUCUGACCGUCUCUCACAAGUUUCGCUACUGCGGUCACCGCUUCCACCUGAACGACCUGGCCUGCCACACGGUGCUGCCUCUCCUGCUGACGUCCUCUCACCACAACGCCCUGCACACGCCUGAGGCCGACCCCGGCUGGGACUUGGAGCAGGAGAAGAGCGUCCUGAGGGCCGUCAGGCACCAGAAGAGCUUCCCCAAGAAGCAGCUAAAGAACGCCGCCACGCGGACCUUCCACGACCCCAACGCCAUCUACAGCGAGCUCAUCCUGUGGCGGGUGGACCACAUCGGCCCGCUGUCCUGCACCGGGGGCGUGUCGGAGCUCGCCCGCAUCAACUCCCUGCACACCUCCGCCUUCUCCAACGUGGCCUGGCUGCCCACGCUCAUCCCCAGCUACGUGCUUGGUACGUACUGUAAUUCGGCGAGCGCGUGCUUUGUGGCAUCUGAUGGGACAAACCUGAGGCUGUACCAGGCUGUGGUGGAUGCCCGGAAGCUUCUAGAUGAGCUGUCUGACCCAGAGACCUCUAAACUUGUUGGCGAAGUGUUCAACAUUGUGAGUCAGCAGUCCACUGCCCGUCCAGGGUGUAUCAUCGAACUUGACGUCAUUACUAACCAGUGUGGGUCCAACACACAGCUGCUCCACGUCUUCCAGGAGGACUUCAUUCUGGGCUACAAGCCCCAUGACGACUUCCCUGAGAUGCACCUUCCCACCAAUUACCCCUCUGAGGAGUAUCACGCUCCACCCUUUUCAGAAAAGUUCUUUUUGGUGGUUAUUGAGAAGGAUGAAAACAGGAACUCUGUUCUGCAAAUGUGGCACCUGCACCUAAAAUCUGUUCAAGCCUGUAUGGCUGAGACCACUCUGCCAGCUCAGGGCUUUCAGAACCAGCUGAUGGUCCCAAUGCAGCAUGGGAAUGCUGAGUCCUCCCCGGAAGUCUCCCCAGGACACAGCCCCCUCCCCCGAUCGUCAUCCACCGCCAACCUGCAGUCGGCCAGCAAGCUCAUCUUAAGCUCCAGGCUGGUGUACAGCCAGCGCCUGGACCUCCCCGCUGGGGUGGAGGUCAUCCGGGCAACACCCUCAGCAGGGCACCUUAGCUCUUCUUCAAUCUACCCAGUCUGCUUGGCUCCAUAUCUGAUCGUGACCACCUGCUCGGACGGUAAGGUAAGAUUCUGGCGAUGUGGCGUGGAGGUUGACCUGGGCUCGGCCAACCCCGAAGAGGGCCGCACGUACCGCUGGGUGCCCUGGUCCCUAAUGAACGAGGAGGAUGACAAUGACAGCGCCGUGCGCGUCUCCGGGCGCCCGGUCGCUGUCAGCUGCUCCUACACUGGCCGGCUGGCCAUCUCCUUCAAGCAGCUGUCCCUUAGCAACGGCUUGACCCCCAAGGAGUUCUCCAUGCACGUGUCGAUCUACGAGUGUGAGUCGACGGGGGGGUCGGAGUGGGUGCUGGAGCAGACCAUCCACCUGGACGACUUCACCAAGGCAGCCAACGUUCUGGAUACCAGGGUCAGUGUGGAUAGCAACCUUUUUGUCUACAGUAAGUCCGACCUGUACAUGAACAAAGACAGCCCCAACAUCAAGCACUUCGUCCACCUGGACUGGCUGUCUAAGGAGGAUGGGUCGCACAUCCUCACCGUGGGCGUGGGCUCCAACAUCCUGAUGUACGGCCGCAUCUCGGGCAUCGUGACCGAGCAGACCAGCAGCAAGGACGGCAUGGCGGUCAUCACCCUGCCCCUCGGGGGCAGCAUCAAGCAGGGGAUCAGGUCCCGCUGGGUACUCCUGAGGUCCGUGGACCUGGUAUCCUCAGUAGACGGCACCCCGUCCCUUCCUGUAUCCCUGUCCUGGGUAAGGGAUGGGAUCCUGGUGGUGGGGAUGGAUUGUGAGAUGCACGUCUAUGCCCAGUGGAGGCAGGACAAGAAGCCGGCGGACACGGAGGGAGACGGGCAGUCCCCCUCGGAAACCACUCAAAGUGGCUCCAUGGUCCCCGAGUCUCGGCCCAGGUCCAAGAGCGUCUUCGAGGGGACCACGGCCAUGGAUGAAGCCUUCCGAGCCCCCGCGGUACUCCAGGACGGAGGCUUGUUCGAGGCGGCGCACUCACUCUCGCCCACCCUGCCCCAGUACCACCCCACCCAGCUGCUUGAGCUCAUGGACCUGGGGAAGGUCCGGCGGGCCAAGGCCAUCCUCUCCCACCUGGUGAAGUGCAUCGCAGGGGAGGUGGCGGUGGUGAGGGACGUGGAGGCCGGGGAAGGGGGCACCAGGCGCCACCUCUCCCGGACCAUCAGUGUCAGCGGGAGCACGGCCAAAGACACCAUCCUAGCAGGCCGGGAAGGGGGCCGUGACUACACCGAAAUCAACUCCAUCCCACCUCUGCCUCUGUACGCCCUUCUGUCUGCUGACCUCGACACCUCCUACAAGGCCGGCGAAGAGGCCACCAAGGGCAAGGGUCCUGAGGGCGAGGACCAGAAGUCAGGCGAGGACCAGUACGCUGACCUGUUCCAGGUCCCGGCGGUGACCACUGACGACUUUGUGAGUUUUGCCGCCGAGAAGAAGGAGAAGAGGUCUCGCGUCAUCAACCUGUCGCAGUACGGACCUACCUACUUUGGCCCGGAGCACGCCCAGGUGCUGUCCAGCCACCUGAUGCACUCCAGCCUGCCAGGCCUCACGCGACUCGAGCAGAUGUUCCUGGUGGCACUGGCUGAUACCGUGGCCACCACCAGCGCUGAGGUCAGCUCCGGCAUGGACAAGCAGUAUAGCGGGGGUGAAGCUCUGGACGAGUGUGGGCUCAGAUACCUGCUGGCCAUGCGCUUACACACCUGCCUGCUCACCUCCUUACCCCCGCUGUACAGGAUGCAGCUGCUGCACCAAGGCCUGUCUACGUGCCACUUUGCCUGGGCCUUCCAUUCGGAGGCAGAGGAGGAGAUGCUGAACAUGAUCCCGGCCCUGCAAAGAGGAGACCCACAGUGGUCCGAGCUCAGAGCCCUGGGAGUGGGCUGGUGGGUGCGCAACAUCAACACCCUGCGCAGGAUGAUGGAGAAGGUAGGAAAAGCAGCCUUUCAGAGGAACAACGAUCCAUUAGACGCAGCUCUAUUCUACCUGGCUAUGAAGAAAAAAGCUGUUCUCUGGGGACUAUUCAGGUCCCAGCACGAUGAGAAGAUGACCCAGUUCUUCAGUCAUAACUUCUCAGAAGAUCGAUGGCGGAAGGCGGCUCUGAAAAACGCCUUUUCUCUUCUGGGAAAACAGCGAUUUGAGCAGUCUGCAGGUUUUUUCCUUCUGGCGGGUUCCCUCAAAGAUGCCAUUGAGGUCUGCCUUGAGAAAAUGGAGGACAUCCAGCUGGCCAUGAUAGUUGCUCGUCUCUAUGAGUCAGACUACGAGAGCUCCUCUACCUGCAAGGGGAUCCUUUACGAGAGAGUGCUGGGUUGCCAUAGGGAUGGGUCCGGCUUUGCCUGCACCAAGCUGCACCCUGACCCCUUCCUGCGCAGCAUUGCAUUCUGGAUAAUGAAGGACUACACCCAAGCCCUGGACACUCUACUGGAACAGAUACCAAAGGAGGACGCGGAAAAUCCCAAUGUUAUGGUGAAGUCCUGCAACCCUGUGGUCUUCAGCUUCUACAACUACCUGCGGACGCACCCCCUGAUAAUUCGCCGUCACUUCGCCUCCCCAGAAGGCACCUUGGCGACCCUGGGCCUGACCUCUGAGAAAAGUGGCAUGGACGAGAUCAACCUCAUCGAGCGGAAGCUCUUCUUCACCACGGCUAACGCUCACUUCAAAGUGGGCUGCCCUGUCCUGGCUCUGGAGGUCCUCUCCAAGCUGCCCAAGGUCACCAAGAAGGCUGGGUCGUCCUUGAGCAAAGACUCCUCCAUGGUCAAUGUGGGGUCCUCCCAGCCCCAGGAGAACGGCGGGAAGGCCGCAGACCUGGACUGGGGUGGUGGUGCAACCGACUCGUUUGCCGGGCUGGACUGGAGCCAGCCAGCACUGAAAGUUGAAGACGAGGCCUUGCAGCUGGACUGGGGGGACAACAAGGAAGAAGAUGAGGAUGAGGAUGAGGACGGGGGGCUGAUGAUGAAGCCAAAAGUCGAGGAGCAGACGGAGAAGAAGAAGGAGGGCCCGGGGCAUGCUGGGACACCCGGCCUCAAGAGGGCGGACUCGGCCGCGGAGUCGGAGGUUGACGUGAUCGCCGAGCAGCUCAAGUUCCGGGCAUGCCUGAAGAUCCUUAUGACCGAGCUCCGGACGCUGGCGACUGGCUACGAGGUGGAUGGCGGGAAACUGAGGUUCCAGCUCUACAACUGGCUGGAGAAGGAGAUUGGGGCCAUGCACAAGAUCUGCAACUACAAGGUAGAGGGGCAGGAGGCCUCGAGCGAGCUGGAGCAGUGGCAGGACGGCGAGGCGGAGCUGAACGGGGCGUUCGGCCGGGCGGAUGCUGGAGCCUACGAGCGACACCAGCUGGAGCGACGGCGGCUCCAGGCCAAGCAGCAGCACAGCGAGCGGCGCAAGGCCUGGCUGAGGAAGAACCAGGCGCUCCUCCGAGUCUUCCUCAGCUACUGCAGCCUGCACGGGGCCAAGGGCGGGGGAGUGACCUCCGUCAGGAUGGAGCUCAUCUUCCUGCUGCAGGAGUCUCAACAGGAAACGACGGUGAAGCAGCUGCAGUCACCACUGCCCCUGCCCACCACGCUCCCCCUCCUCUCUGCCAGCAUCGCAGCCACAAAGACUGUCAUCGCCAACCCCGUCCUGCACCUCAGCAACCACAUCCACGACAUCCUCUUCACCGUCGUGCAGAUGGAUACGCCACCACACCCCAACAUCAUUGACGACCGGGUCAAUGCUCUGCACACCCUGGCUGCCUCCCUGUCUGCAUGCAUCUAUCAGGCCCUGUGUGACAGCCACAGUUACAGCAGCCACGCAGAAGCCAAUCAGUUCACGGGGAUGGUGUACCAGGGCCUGCUGCUGAGCGAGAGGCGGAGACUGCGCACGGAGAGCAUCGAGGAGCACGCCACGCCCAGUUCAUCCCCCGCGCUGUGGCCAGGCGUCUCCUCCCUCAUCACCCUGGUGGCGUCGGCGCAGGGGGAGGACCAGCCCAGGCUGAGCGUGAUGCUGUGUGAGGCGGUGGUGGCGGUGUAUCUCAGCCUGCUGAUCCACGGGCUGGGCACGCACUGCAGCAACGAGCUGUUCCGCCUGGGCGCCCACCCCCUCAACAACCGCAUGUGGGCCGCCGUGUUCGGAGGGGGCGCCAAGCUCAUCGUCAAGCCUAAGCGCCCCCCAGAGCCCGCACCAGCGCCCCCACCUCCAGCAGAGGAAAUAGACAAGCAGCGCCGCAGGUUCAACAUGCGCAUGCUGGUCCCGGGGCGGCCCGUGAAGGAGACGCCCGCCACGCCCCCACCCGUCCCGGCGGAGAGACCCACGUACAAGGAGAAGUUCAUCCCUCCGGAGCUCAGCAUGUGGGACUACUUUGUGGCCAAACCUUUCCUGCCUCUCUCGGACAGUGGCGCCCUGUACGACUCGGACGAGAGCGGGCCUAGCGAUGACGAGGAUGACGAUGAUGCCUUCCUCUCUGACACCCAGGUCACAGAGCACAGUGAUCCCACUUCAUACAGUUGGGCACUCAUACGGCUGGUUAUGGUCAAGCUGGCUCUCCACAACGUCAAAGGCUUCCUCCCUCUAACCGGGCUGGAUUUUCCAGACUUACCGGUCACCUCCCCGUUGGUGAACGCAGUCCUGAAAACGCUGGAGAACUGGGAGCAGUUACUGCUGGAGAAGAUGAACAAGUUUGACGGCCCUCCGCCCAACUACAUCAACACCUACCCCGCUGACCUCAGCGCCGGGGGAGGCCCAGCCAUACUGAGGCACAAAGCCAUGCUGGAGCCUGAAAACACACCCUUCAAGGCAAAGAGUCACCAGUCAUUUCCAGUGAGGCGACUGUGGCACUUCCUGGUCAAACAGGAAAUUCUGCAGGACACUCUGAUUCGCUACAUCUUCACCAAGAAGAGGAAGCAGAGUGAGGUGGAGGCGGACCUUGGCUACCCAGGCGGCAAAGCGAAAGUUAUUCACAAGGAGUCGGACAUUAUAAUGGCGUUUGCCAUUAACAAGGUCAACACUAAUGAGAUCGUUCUGGCGUCCACCCACGACGUGCAGGAAGUGGACGUGACCUCACUCCUGGCUGCCCAGCCCUACUCCUGGAUCGGCGAGGAGUUCGACAAGGAGUCCCGCAGUUCUGAUGACCAGGACUACCGGUCCUCCCACACGAACAUCGCCCAGGCCAGCGCUCCUCCCUUCGCUCCUCAGCAGAUGGCAGCCUCUUCGUCUAUGCCAUGGCUCGGCUCCGGACAGACGAGCAUGGGAGGCAGCGUGAUUAUGAAACGGAACUUGAACAAUGUCAAGAGAAUGACUUCUCAUCCCAUUUACCAGUACUACAUGACCGGGGCGCAGGAUGGCAGUGUGCGCAUGUUUGAGUGGAAUCGACCCCAGCAGCUCAUCUGUUUCCGCCAGGCGGGCAAUGCCAGGGUCACCAGGCUCUACUUCAACUCCCAAGGAAACAAGUGCGGCGUUGCAGAUGGCGAAGGGUUCUUAAGCCUCUGGCAAGUCAACCAAACUUCAUCAAACCCUAAACCUUAUUUGAGCUGGCAGUGCCACAGCAGGACCUGCGGAGACUUUGCCUUCAUCACAUCCUCCAGUCUCAUCGCCACGGCCGGCCAGUCCACCGACUGCAGAAAUGUCUGCUUGUGGGACACUCUUGUUUCACCCAAUAACACCCUGGUACAUGCAUUCCCCUGUCACGAGAACGGCGCCACCGUGCUGCAGUACGCCCCCAAGCAGCAGCUCAUCAUCUCCGGCGGCAGGAAGGGCUUCGUCUGCAUCUUCGACAUCCGGCAGAGGCAGCUGCUCAACACCUUCCAGGCCCACGACUCGGCCAUCAAAGCCCUCGCGCUGGACUCCACGGAGGACUUCUUCGUCACGGGGUCCGCCGAGGGGAACAUGAAGGUGUGGAAGCUGACGGGCCACGGUCUGAUGCACGCCUUCAGCACCGAACACGCCAAGCAGUCCAUCUUCCGCAACAUCGGCGCGGGCGUCAUGCAGGUGGAGACGUGCGCGGGGAACCGCAUCUUCACCUGCGGUGCCGACGGCACUCUGAAGAUGAGGGUCCUGCCCGACCGCUACAACAUCCCGGCCAGUAUAUUCGACAUCCUGUGAAGCGUAAAUGGGAGCAUAGUGCAGCAGGAAAGUUUUAAAAAAGCAUUCAGCAAUUAGCAUUCACGUGUCCUUCGCUGUGGAUUGCAACAACGUGGCGCUUACCGUAAAUAUUUUUUUCCCAAAGCCUGAUUUAAAAAUUUAAAAUUAAAAGAAGCUUUAAAAGAAAAGUGACUGUAAUUUUUAAAAAAGCUGAAUUUGUUCCAGAAUCUCUUAUAGAGUGUAUUCAUAGGAAAGCUAUGCAUGUACUGUUAUUGUAAAAGAGGUGCAAUCACAGGUCAUCGAUAGUGCUCUAAAAUUACUAAAAGCAAAAAUUUUAUAAAGUGUAUCUGUCGUCAUUUCGUGGCCCACUGCUAAAUCUCUUAAGAAUCUUCUACCAGCACUGUGGUUCUGUAUGAAGUCAGUGGUUUCCAGCGUGAAUUGAGUUGUUGGAUUUGCGUGUUUAUUUACUUGGUUUUGUUUGCUGCUCCUGUUGGAGUCAAUGGCACAUAGUCCUUGUAAGCCAAUAUGGGGUUUGCAGGGAAAACUGUUUUGUUUGCACAUGCCACCAUUACUGCAGUCAGCACUGAAAUGCCUGUAUCAGUGACACAUCACCUAUGAAAUGCCCGAUCAGAACAGAGAUAUACAGUACUGUAAAUGUCCUUUACGUUUUGUCUGUUUUGGCUUAUGUGUUUCCAAUCACAGAAAUAUACAUUUUGACCAGAAUCGUUUUUGUUUUGCUCAAAAUGUUUUGUUCCUUUGCUUCAUUUAUUUUUUUUCCUUCUCUUUUUUUGUUAAUUUAUUUGCAGGUGGUUGUACUUAACUUAUUGCCUUUAUAUUAGGAAUGUAAGGUGUGUUAGUGGAUGGGGAUGAGGUGUAGCACUACUGAGGUUGGUGUUAUUUUUUUUUAAAUAAUUUAUCCAUGAAAAUGAAAGUUUGCACUCAAAUCUUGGGACACUAUAAAACUUUAUUUAAAUAUACAAAUGCUAUUAAAGAGGAAACUGUUACAAAUGAAUGUCUGGCUUUAUUUAGCCAAGUAGUAAAUAGUUUGAAAUAGUUUUAAUACAUCUAUAUAUAAAUAUAAAUAUAAAGUACCACAACAGCUUGUACAAACAUAAAAGCUUUCUCUUUAUUUUUUGGUUUGUAUCAUACCAACUGAAUUAGUUGUACUUUGGUUAAAUGUACUGUGUUCAUUAAACAGAUUUGUGUUUGUCAGAACUGGUUGGAGCCACGUCUGCUAUCUGUGUGUACCUGUUCAGUCCUUCUCAAUGUCUGUGUUGUGUAUUUAUCUAAAGAAUAUGAUGCUGUGUCAAUGUGAGAGGUGAACAAAAUGUCUGCAAGUCUCUGGAAGAGCAGGUAGUUCCAUCGUCGUCAAAGUUUUACCUUUGUAAGUUCAAUAAAUUAUUUUUAUUUCA